UGGGGUAGACUCAGUCUCGAGUGCGAAACUGGCUGGCGUGAACGUGUUUGCUGGGAUUUGGAUUGCAAAAAAAAAAAAAGAGCGAGGCAAACAUUUUAACGAUGCCAAUUAAACGGAUGCUUCCCGUGCCGCUGUUGCUGGUUGUCUUGUUGUGGCUGGCGCUGGCGCUGGAUCCGAGUGAGGCGAGACGAGUGGCCACCGAUCGCGUCGUAGUCUAUCCCACUGAUCGUGCACCAAAUGCAACGGAGACCGGUCCCAAGCCUUGGGAUCCGCUGCCCGAGAUGAAUCCAAGCAGCAGGCUCAGCAACGGAACUAAAUCGAAUGAAGUGCAACCCGAAAGUGAAAUUAAAGGCUGGGCAGGGCUGCCGGGAAGCGGAAAUAAAACCCUAGCAGAGCCAAUCCGAGACGAUAUCACAAGUGAGAAGAUUUCUGUUCUCACGAAUGCAACAACAGAAAUGACUGCGAAUGCAACACGUCCCAGGAGUGAGGAUAAAAUGAUUGCAUUUGGAGCCGAUGCAAAGAUCGGAGCUGGCAAUCGAACGGAAUUGACAAUGGCUCAGCCAGGGAGUAUCCCAAUCGGACCACGGAUUACCCUCGAAAGCAUUCGCAUCUGUCCGGAGGGAUUCACGCUGAGCAACGACCAUUGCCGCAAGAGUGCCUAAAUGCAAGUGAAAAAUUUGUAAAUAAAUAUUAUGUGAAAUUGUAACACCAAUUAAAAAGCAAAGAAAUUAUUUUUAGAAUGGACUCAGGGGCUUAUCCCCCCGAACAGGUAAUUCCAAAAACUUUACACAUUGCAGCGCGAUGAUUGGACAACGUUUAAACAUUAUUUAAACAAAUAAAAUGAUUGAAAUCGUA